AUGUUUAUAGGCCACUAUCUCGGACAGAAGAUAAUUGAUCACAAUAAUUAUGUAUUUGUUACUGCGUACAACAUUCAGUGGUAUAAAACCCCGUUACAGAUACAAAGAAUGAUAUUAUUUCUACUGCAAAGAAGAGCCAAGAAAUUUGCAUUAAAUCUCGGUGGGGUAUUUGAUGCAUCCAUAGAGGGUUUUGCCACGUUAAUAAAGACCUCCGUAUCUUAUUUUACAGUCAUAAAUUCUACACACACACAAUGA